AGAGAGACACAGAGAAAGAGAAUUGUAUUAUAAAUCCACCGCUCCGUCUCGAUGAGUCCGUAUGUAACAGCGAUUCGCCCGCCCCCACACAUCUCUUCCCACUCCUCCUCAUUCACCGAGUCACGGCUUCCGAGCCAACUCGCCCACACCAUUUUGUAUAUACAUAUAUACAUUCUUUUAUUUUAGCAAUCGGAUUUGGAGUUGGUUAGAGGAUGAAUAAGAGGGCGAGAACGAACGUCGACAAGGCAGUGGUCGGGGUUUGGCAGCGAGAGGUCGGCCAGCUUUCCACCAGGAACUUCGCGCGCCGUCUCGGUGCCUCCGAGGAUCUUGUGCGCCGGCUUGAUAUCUACCGAAAGCUGGAAAAGCACAGAGGUUGUGUGAACACUGUAAGUUUCAAUGCAGAUGGUGGUAUUCUGGUUUCGGGCUCUGAUGACAAGCGGGUUAUACUGUGGGAUUGGGAAACUGGGCAUGUCAAGCUUUCGUUUCAUUCAGAUCAUAAUAACAAUGUUUUUCAAGCAAAAAUCAUGCCUUACACAGAUGAUCGACACAUUGUCACCUGUGCUGCAGAUGGACAGGUGAGACUUGCUCAGAUUCUGGAACAUGGAGGAGUGGCAACUACAUUGCUCGCUAAACAUCAUGGACGAGCUCAUAAUCUGGCUAUUGAGCCUGGGAGCCCUCACAUAUUUUAUACCUGUGGUGAAGAUGGGUUUUUGCAACAUUUUGAUCUGAGAACUCGGGCUGCCACAAAACUUUUCACAUGCCAACCAGUUGAUGACAGGAGGGAUUACAUGUCAGCUAUCCCUCUAAAUGCUAUUGCAAUUGAUCCAAGAAAUCCAAAUCUCUUUGCAGUUGCAGGUUGUGAUGAGUAUGCUCGACUCUAUGAUAUCCGCAAGUAUAAGUCAGAUGGAUCAACCAAUUAUGGUGAACCCGCAAAUUACUUUUGCCCUUCAGACUUGAUUGGUGAUGAGCAUGUUGGAAUAACAGGCUUGGCCUUCUCAGAACGGAGUGAAUUGCUUGUGUCAUACAAUGAUGAGUUCAUCUAUCUUUUUACACGGGAUAUGGGAUUGGGACCUAAUCCACUUCCAGCCUCUCCAGGGUCGUCUAUGUGCAGUAAUGCGAGUCAAAUAGAAGGUGAUAGUCAAUUCACAGCGUGUCCAUCAGCUAUGGAUGCCAAUGACCAAAGUGCUCCCCAAGUUUACAAGGGGCAUAGGAAUUGUGAGACGGUGAAAGGCGUGAACUUCUUUGGGCCUAAUUGUGAUUAUGUAGUGAGUGGAUCAGACUGUGGCCGGAUAUUCAUAUGGAAGAAAAAAGGUGGGGAGCUCAUGCGUGUCAUGGAAGCAGAUAGGAGGGUUGUAAACUGUAUUGAGUGUCAUCCUCAUACCAUGGUGCUUGCAAGCAGUGGAAUUGAAAGUGACAUCAAACUAUGGACUCCAAAGGCCCUUGAGAGAGCUUCUGUGCCUACAAACAUCGAAGAGGUUAUGCAUGGUCGAAUCAAUUGGUUUGCAUCUGGUAGCGGUGACGACAACAAUGACGGUGAUUAUGAUGAUGGCGAUGAUUUGUUCUAUGACAAUGACAUUUCUGAUUAUGAUGAUGACGACGAUGACAGUGAUGGUGAGGAGGAAGAGGAUAACAUCAAUGAUGAAAGUGUUGAGGAUGGCAAUGACACUGCUUUUGAAGAUGAUGACUCUGGUGGUUGUAAGGAAUGUUGAUGAUGAUUAUGAUUUACACCUUUGUGUAACCCAGGGCUGGAUGUAUCAUCUCAUUAUGACUUAAUGUUGCAACUAUUAUCACUGCAAAGGCAGAGGACAAGCCCCGAUUGCAGUGGAGAAACUUCGGGUUGGGAACUUUUAGAGCUAUUUUUGACAUUCAAUGCCAACAUCGAUGCUGCCUCAUAUAUAGUGGAAAUGACUCCAGUCAGGAUGACUUCUUUUUUUCGAUGCUAGAGCUUUAGGCCAUGAAAAAAUGGUUGCACUGUACAUAAUUAUAGAAUUUAAGCACAGCUGUUCUGGGUUUAUACUGCUAGUACUUACCGCUUUAGCUUCUCUACCAUUCGUUAAUGCUCUUUUCUUUCUCCAUACUUCGUGAUAACUUGUUUAUAUACGUUCGAUAAUGUUAAGGUCGUGUAUUUACC